AUGGCGAUAACGCAGACAAAGGUCGCAACCGCGGCCUCGAUUGGGCUGCGGGCGUUGUCCUACAUUUUUCUGCGAUGGGCACUGGUGCCUAUCGCUCCUGCCAUCAUCUUCACCCUUUUUGCCGUCUACAUCCCUACAUUUAUCUCCAGUUACAAGAACGAGCCCAAGUACGACUUGGUCGAUGAGGUAGACGUGCUCGUAACCGAGACAGUUGUGGAGGAUGGGGAUGGUGAUGCUCCCGAAAGCAGCAAUGACAGACCCACCAACGGCGACAAGGAAGUUGUUGCAGAGGAUGUUGCCAUUAAGGAAACUCUUUCGCUCGAGGAUCGGCCGCUUGGCCCCUGGAAGACGUUGUUGAGCGGUGCACCUAACCCGCGGAGUCUGGGCCUGUCACUUGCCACGCUCUUCAUCAACGGUCUUUGCGUAAGCCUGGUCGCCGACCGUCUGUUCCGGGAACGCGCUUACAGCGCCCAUGACCUGUCCUUUGCCCGGCUGGGAUAUGUGUCCGAGACCGAGGCCAAGCUGGUGAUCCGGGAGCCCGAUCAAUCCAAAAUGCCCAUCACCGUGGAGGUUCACAUCAAGGACCCGCACCCUCCGUUCGACAACCCGACGUGGCAGAAUGCCGGCGGCGUGAAGUGGACAAACAAUGAAACGGACUACACCGCGGUACUCUCCAUCCCCCUGCGGCAUUCACAAAGGCGGACCUACCAGUGGCGUACCUCGAACAACCACUCUGGUGAGUUCACCACACCUCAACCUAUCGGCCGUGCCGUGGAGACCGACGCCGGACCCUUUACCUUCUUGUCGACCUCCUGCAUCGUGCCCCGCCUCCCGUACAACCCCUUUGACCACCCGCUCGCCAUUCCGGGUUUUAAGCACCUCGCCAGGGUUCUCCCCACCCUGAACGCCCAGUUUAUGCUAUUCCUCGGCGAUUUCAUCUACGCCGACGUCCCACGCUACUGGGACAAGUCGGCCGCCUACUACCGCGAGAAAUACCGCCAGAUCUACGCCUCCCCGGACUGGCCCUCGGUCGGCCAGAACCUCAGCUGGAUCCACGUGAUUGACGACCACGAGAUUGCUAACGACUGGUCCGCCAACUCAACGGGCGUCUACCAAUCCGCAAUCGACCCCUUCCACCACUACCAAGCCGCGGCCAACCCGCCUCCGGCCAAGAAAGUCGGCUCGUCCAAGCCCCGCCCGAACGCGACCUAUUUCGAGUUCACGCAGGGGCCGGCCAGUUUCUUCCUCCUCGACACGCGGACCUUCCGAUCCCCCAACGACCUCCCCGGCACGGGCGCCGGCAAGACCAUGCUCGGCGAGGGCCAGCUGGCCGACUUCCUCUCGUGGUUGCGGCGGCCGGAGCCCAAGGGCGUCAAGUGGAAGAUCGUGGCGUCCUCGGUGCCCUUCACCAAGAACUGGCCCGUCAACCGCCAGGACACGUGGGGCGGCUUCCUCGAGGAGCGCGCCCAGGUGCUGCAGGCCAUGUGGGACGUCGCGUCCAACACUGGCGUCGGCGUCGUCGUCCUGUCGGGCGACCGUCAUGAGUUCGCCGCGACAAAGUUCCCGCCGCCGGAGGAGGAUACGCGCAGGUGGCGGGAGGACGCUGCGGUGUGGGAGUUCUCGGUCAGCCCGCUGAGUCAGUUCUAUUCGCCGUUUGGGACGUACCGCCAGAAGGAUGACGAUGAUGUCAUGGUGAAGUACAUCCAUAAGGGUAACUCCAAGUUUGGGGCCAUUACCAUUGAGAAUCUGGAGGGCGGCGAACAGAGCAGCCUAAAAUACCGGCUAUAUAUCGAUGGGGAGGAGGCGUGGAAUACGGUUCUUCUGUCCCCAGGCAAGCCGGAUUGGUAUGGAAAAUCGGGCGGUUCGUUUUGGGCUCUUUCGUGCCUUGCGACCAGCCCUCCCUUGGCGUGGUACUCUAACAAGGCAACCCCUCAACCAACGCGCGGCUCGGCUCAUAGCACUGCAGCCGAGGCGAUACUCCUCCGCCCAGACCCCCGAUUCUACCUACUGGCCGGGGACCGUGGAACCUCUCGAUCAUGGGCUUCUGGUGGACUUACCCAAAGUGUUGGAAUUCGAAUUCUCGAGACAACAGCGCAAGGUCUUUUCCUCUAUUUGGCUUCGCGCGUUGACAAGGUGGUCCCGGAGCUUUGGGGCAAUGAGGUGCACAAGAAUCCCCCGACGGUCAACUAUCAAUCUGUGAUGGAUGAUAAAUCAUCUGGGCUCGCCGAAUUGACCAUGACACUCAGAACGAAGGGCCUUUGUUUCGUUGAGGGAACCCCGUACGACGACCCGGAGCACACGAAGAAACUGCUCGAGCGCAUCGCCUUUAUCCGGCAAACGCAUUACGGCGGCUUCUACGACUUCAAGCCCGACCUCGCCAUGGCCGACACGGCCUACACCAACCAGGCACUGGCGCUGCACACGGACACCACCUAUUUCACGGACCCGGCAGGCCUGCAGGCUUUCCACAUGCUCUCUCACGAGCCUGCCGAGGGAAAGGAUCGUGCCACCGGGGGCGAAUCGGUGCUUUUAGACGGGUACAACGCGGCGGGCAUUAUGCACAAGGAAAGCCCGGCUAUGUACCGCCUCCUAGCCUAUCUCCAGCUCCCGUGGCACUCGAGUGGAAACAAGGGCAUCAAGAUCACCUCGGACUUGAAAUACCCCGUCUUUGAGGAGCGCCUCGCCGGGGAUAUCCUCAAGAUCCGAUGGAAUAACGAUGAUAGGGGGGUGGUCCCUUAUGGUACCAUUACCCCGGAGGAGUGGUACGAGGCUGCCGGGAAGUGGAACGAAAUCAUCAACCGGCCCGAGUUGCAGUAUUGGUUCCAAUUGACUCCCGGCCGCGUACUGAUUUUUGACAACUGGCGUGUGCUCCAUGGCCGGAAUGCGUUCGAAGGUGUGAGGAGGAUCUGUGGAGGGUACAUCAAUAGGGACGACUUUAUGUCUCAGUGGGGGAAUACUAACCUCACCGAGGAGGAGAACAUUGCUAGGGUUAUGGGGUAA